AUGGCGCCAAUUCGCCGAUACCUUCGCAUCACCAAGUAUUCCGUCCUAGAAUGCCGCAUCUACCUCGACAACCCUGCACUCGCGCAGACUUGGCUGCUGAACCCGAGGAAGCCUGUCCUACAGAGGGUCAUCGACAGCGUUCGACCUUACGUAUUGCCCAAGCUUCGAGAGGAGCGUGAGCGUAGCCGCAAGAAAAGCACAAAGAAAAAAGGCAUCAAAGAUGUCGUGGUCGAAGAUGAUUUCGAGGUGUCGAUAUUCCUCACGGAUACCAGCACGCGCCACUCACUCCUGACGAAACACAAGCACUUCCACGAUACGACGCAAACAAAGCUGACAUCCAACUCGGGCCGGCUCAUGGGCGCGACCAACGAGGCACCCAUCGACGUGGAUACCGUGGUGGACACUGCGCCAGCAGCGAUACGUCGAGAGGAGAGCGACGACGAAGAUGUGGCGGCUGCACUGGCCGCCAUCCCCGCCGUAGAUGAGACGGUGGCUAACCGCAGCAGGCGGCCUAAGCGCGCACGCAGGAAUACGGAAACAGACGCAGAUCAUGCUGCAGGCGACCCGAAUAGUGCCCUCGAGGUGAUAUCAGAUGAUGAUGAUCAGGCAGGCGCAGGGGGUGAAGACGAUGAGGACGACGGCUUGUUCGUGCAUAGUCCUGAAGAUGGGAGCAUGAGGCCCCCACCGGCGAAGCGCCGCAGGGAAGGCGCUGCAGGUGCCGGCGAGGAUGAUGACAAAAAGAAGCUCGCCAUGGACAUCUCGUACGAGGGAUUCUCUAUUUACGGGCGCGUGCUGUGCCUCGUUGUCAAGCGCCAUGAUGUCGGUCCCUUUCUGGCGGGACGCAGCGGAAUGGCCUCAGCCGGUGCGGGAGGAAGCGGCAGCGGCGCAGCCAAGGCUGGGGGUGGCCAAGCCAUGAUGGAGAACUUUAUCAUCUCGACCCAGGUCCCAGCUGGUGCAGAUGCCCCUUGA